AUGUCUUACCAUCGCACCUCGUCACCUGGCUCGCGCCGUCUCGCUCAUCCCGCACGACUCUCGGACGGCUACUAUCCUGCAUCUGCGACCACGGCAUAUCCUCCUUCAAAUACCGCCUAUGCUUCACCCCGGAGCAGCGGCGAGCGCAUUGUGCCCGUCUCGACGACCACUUUCGUCACACGGGAUGCCUACUCGGGCAGACCCCGUCGCUCCACCUUGACCGACCCCUCGCGUCCAAACUCCAUCCCGACCGCUACCACUACCAAUACCACUGUGCCGGUUCACCCACGCAGCCGUCCUGCCGUCAUUCAAUCAUCGCACGAUCGUACCCACAGUCCCUCGAGUCCCCUCGGCUAUUCCACUCGCGCUUCAGACUACUACGCCAUUCCAGCCACCUCACAUAGAGACCAUUCACAUAAAAAGCUGUACAGCAUCGACAGUGGCGGCAAGUCUCGUCUUGUUGCCGACGUCGACAUCAACGCAAGCCACAGCUCUUCACAUAGGCGCCACAGCAUCGAUCGCAACUCCGACCGCCAUGGCUCGUCUCACCACCGUUCCAAAGGCUACCAUCUCAGUGGUUCCUCGACCAGAAAGAGCGAAGCUGACCAAGGCUUUUCGUACACCGAUCCAGCUGCCAUGUACAGAGAGACGGAGCCGCGAUGGCGACACCGCGCCGGCAGCGUCGAGGCCACCCGUCCCAGACCCUCUAGUGCACUGGUUGAGCCAUACCCUCCCCGUUCUUCGGCCAGAGAGCCUGGUCCACCUACAUCGCGUGCAUUAGACAAGUUCAACGAUACCGCUGGACGGGCCGCAACUACACGAGAACCGCCGCGAUCCUCCAACAGGCUGUCAUACCAGGAGCCCCAAUACAACAAUGAUGGCUACAUAUCCUCGUCUAGCCGUCAUUCUACUGCCGUUCAUCAGGACCGUACACGAGAUGUUUACCCAAGAGAAGUCGAACGUGCUCGCCCUACGCAACGUUAUGAGGAUCGCAGUGUUGAGCGUCGCGGCUUUGGCAUUCGCAGCGGCAGUCAAGACAGAUACAACCACAACAUGAACAAGGGAAGCAGUGAAAGCUUCGACGCCUACUACUCGGAUCGCGAUCGCGAACACCCUCCACCUCGUAGCGACCCUCGUGCGUACGACUAUCCCAAAGACUCCGAUCGUGAGCGAGAGUACCGCUCCAGAGACAAAGACCGAUUGCGAGACGAUGGCUACGCCUCCGAAAGAGACCGACACAACGAUCGAGACAGGCGAGAUCGCGACCGUAGAGACCGUGAUCGAGAUGUUACUCCGAGGGGAAGUGGUGAUAGCCUGACCAACACUCUAUUGCCCGCUGCCGCCACUGCCGCUAUUGGCGGGCUUGGUGCUAUGGCUGCCGCCGCAUAUGGUUCAGAUACUACGGUCAAAGGUCGAGAUCGCGACUACGAAGACCGAGACCGAGACCGGGACCGGGACCGUGAAAGAGAUAGGGAGAGAGAGCGCGAACAACGUGAACGGGAGCAAGAAGAAAGAGAGCGUGAGAAGCGUGAACGAGAAAAGGGGCGCGAAAGAGAUGUCGACAAGGACAGCGAAAAAGAACGAGAAAGACUCCACGAUCGUGAAACGCGAGCUCGCGACCGACCGCGCGAGAGGGAACGGGAUCGACCCAGGCACUCUUCAUCAUCUGACAGCGGCCAAGAUAAACACAGAAGCUCCAGACGACAUCAAAAAGACACCCGGUUCGUGCCCGACGAGCGACAACGGAUACCUGAGCCUGAUGAGCUUGACCCUCCAGCAGAGAUUGAUCCUGAUGAGGACUAUCGCCGACGUAUGGAGCAGGCCCAACGAGAUCUUGGUCUACAUGACAACCCAGACUCAGACAGAGAGAGGAGAGCGAGAGAUACCGAGCCUCUUCAUCAUAGGCCUCCAGCUCCUGCUGCUGCAGCUACCGUUGACUAUGCCGAGAGCACAGCUAGAGAAAACAGGGUACGCAUUGUUGAGCCUCCUUCCGACCGGGAAGAUUCUCAACCCGUCAAGGAUCCACACCCAGUGCGAGAGGGUGUCGCGCCGUUGAAAGAGACUACAAAGGAUGGCAUACCCGCCGGCGCUCGCUGGACAAAGAUUGACCGCCGUCUUGUCAACCCCAAAGCGCUCGAGGAAGCACAAGAACGCUUCGAAGAGCGCUUGGAUUGUGUAAUUGUACUACGAGUCUUGACCAAGGACGAAAUUCAGAAAUUGGCCGACAAAACAUUGGCAAUUAGAGAAGCCCGCUCAUACGGUGAAGAAGACCAUGAACGUCACGAACGCCGCGAAAAUCGCCGCAGAGAACGCGAGCGCGAGCGACGCGAAAGAGACGAAUACGAAGACCACGACAGCGAGGACGAAUAUGCUCCUCGAGCACCACGCAUGCUUGAAGCACCUGUCGACGGGCAGGAACCCGCGGCAGAUUUUGUGCGCGACCGCGAACGACGCAGAGAUCGUGAGCGUGAGCCCGCUUAUGCAUCUGGCGCGCUUUGA